AUCGCAGUUCGAAAUUUUUGUAAACACGAAGAAAAAUUAAUUGAUAAGAUUUGCUCAGUAAAAUUUUGAACUUUUGAACACGAAAAAGGUGAUUAAGUAAAAUGUUAAUCUGACUUAAAAAUCUGAACUUUCAACGCUUAAUGAUCUCCACUUCACUGUAUUCUAGUCAUAUUUAACAAAAGACUGCACUUUUCAAACUUCUCGUCGCGUCGUCGGAAAAUUAUUCUGGAACAAAAUGGAAUUAGAAUGUCCUGUCAAACAAUAUCACUGGGGUAAGCAUGGUACGAAUAGCUUGGUAGCGGAAUUGAAACGUAACGUCAACUCCGAUUUUGUGGUGAAUAAUGGUGAAACGUAUGCUGAAUUAUGGAUGGGGACUCAUCCGAGCGGACCAGCUUAUGUCAAGAAACAUGGCACAUCGUUAGAGAAUUGGAUCCUCAUGAACCCGUCUUCUUUGGGAAAAGCUGUCAAAAAUACUUUCGGUGUUACUUUGCCAUUCCUAUUUAAAGUGCUGUCCGUCGAAAUGCCUUUAUCCAUUCAAGUUCAUCCAUCUAAAGAAACUGCUGCGAAGCUUCAUACUAAAUACCCAGAGUUAUAUCAGGAUAGAAACCAUAAACCAGAAAUAGCUAUUGCUUUGACUGAAUUUGAAGCGUUAUGUGGCUUUAGACCUAUAGAUGAAAUUAAAAACUUCUUAACAAUUAUACCCGAAUUAUGUGAACUCAUUGGCCCAGAUCUAUCGCAAAAUCUUUUGGACUGUAAUGAAAUCAAUCAACAGUAUAAUCUGAAGAAGUGUUUCACCGCUCUGAUGACCGCGCCGGAAGAUAGUGUUCGGAAACAAUUACAGGCACUGAUCAAACGAAUUUCAGAUAUGGGUGACGACGAAGAAAAUAAAUCUAAAGUACUCCACGAUCUAUUGAAUAGAAUACAUGGAUUUUUCCCCGGCGACGUUGGAUGUUUCUGCAUCUAUUUCUUUAACCAUCUUAUUUUAAAGCCUGGAGAGGCAAUUUUCCUAGCAGCAAAUGAUCCCCAUGCUUACCUUUCCGGAGAUUGCAUCGAGUGUAUGGCAACUUCGGACAAUGUCGUGCGAGCUGGACUCACUCCGAAAUUCCGCGAUGUAAAUACACUUUGUGAAAUAAUCAAUUAUAGCUGCUGUUCAGCUAAAUCAAAAAUUCUUGCACCAGAAAAAGAGAAUGAAUUUUCUCACGUGUACAGACCACCUGUUAGCGAAUUCGCUGUCAGCAAGAUAAACAUUAAUAAGAGCGACGAUUUCAAACUUACCAGAAGUACACCAUCGAUAUCGAUUGUUAUAAGUGGCAACGGACGCGUUGGAGAUCUUGAAGUAUUCAAAGGCAAAGUGAUUUACAACGGAGCAAAUGAUAGCCUUUUUGUACGAGUACCUCCUAAAAAAUCGUUACUCAUGUACCAAGCUUUUGUUAACGUGUAAUAUGUGUACUUGUACUGCCAAAUAUCCUACUUCGAUGUUAUUUAUUUUUUAUUUAGUUACGUAAUUCCUUGGGGCAUUGCUAGGUAGUAGAUUUAUGGUUAAAAUGAAUGGAAUUUUUUUGUUGAGUGAUAGUUCCGACUACCGAAUAUCUACUUAUACAUUUAAAGAUUAUUAUAGUAGCAUUUAUUUUUAAUAUAAUAUAUUUAAUUCGUGUUCAA